AUGGCUACUACCGACAAGACAACACCCAUAGCAAUCAUCGGCAUGAACAUGAAGUUCCCAGGCGACGCCGUAUCUGCCUCCUCAUUUUGGGAAUUGAUAAUGAGUGCUCGAAAUGUGUCUAAAGAGAUACCCGCAGACCGCUUCAACAUAGAUGCAUUCUACCACCCCGACCCAAACCGCCUAGACAGCCUACGCAUCCGCCACGCCCAUUUCAUGGAAGAAGACCCCCGCAGUUUCGACGCCCCCUUCUUCAACAUGUCCUACGCGGAAGCCUCAGUCCUCGACCCGCAACAACGCGGCCUCCUCGAAGGCGCCUAUCGCACAUUUGAGAAUGCCGGAAUACCGAUGGAAACACUCUCUCGCUCUCCCACAUCCGUCUACUGCGCUUCCUUCUCGCGCGAUGGCGAGACAAUAACAGGUCGAGACUUUAGUGCGCAGUCCCGGUAUCACGCCACAGCAAAUGGGUCGUCCAUGCUGAGUAACCGCAUCAGUCAUUUCUUCGAUCUCGCAGGGCCGAGUUUGACGGUCGAUACGGCUUGUUCAUCAGGGUUGUACGCGCUGCAUCUUGGUGCGCAGAGUAUUCUUGCGGGAGAGAGCAAGAUGUCGCUUGUCUGCGGCGCAAACACAUUUAUCACACCGGAGAGCCAGGCGCUUGCGCUCAGUAACGGCGGGUUUCUGAGCGUGGAUGGAAAGAGCUAUAGUUUUGAUGCCAAGGCGAAUGGGUACGCUAGAGGCGAGGGCUUUGGCUUCGUCUUGCUCAAGCCGCUGGAUGCGGCACUGAGGGAUGGCGAUGUUGUCAGGGCGGUCAUUAGGGCAACUGGUGCGAAUCAGGAUGGCAGGACGCCGAGUAUCACACAGCCGAGCCAACAGGCCCAGCUGGAUUUGCUGCGGGAUACGUAUCGUGUUGCGGGACUGAACGUUGAGGAUACCGACUAUGUUGAAGCCCAUGGAACCGGCACGCCGGUCGGUGAUCCUAUUGAAGCAGCUGCUGUAGGACAAGCUUUCCGCGAUGGCCGUAAGGUGGAUAGGCCGCUUUAUAUGGGCUCUGUGAAAGCGAAUAUCGGUCAUUUGGAGGGUGCUUCGGGUAUGGCUGGUGUCAUCAAGGCCGUUCUCGCGCUGGAAAAUGCGGUGAUUCCGCCAAUCGCCAUGUUUGAGAAGCCGAAUCCUGCUAUCGAUGUGGCAGAUUUGCAGCUCGCGUUCCCCAAAGAGGCAGUCCCAUGGCCAGCAACAGAAAUCCGCCGGGCAUCCGUUUCCUCUUUCGGCUACGGCGGUAGCAACGCCCAUGUCAUCCUCGACGACGCGUACAACUACCUGCGCACCCAUGGCCUUCAAGGCUUGCACCAAUCUGUUGGAGAGUCCAUACAUACCAACGGACAAACCAAUGGCCACACAAACGGCAACGGCACCCUCGCAUCCGCAACCCCCUACGCUAUCAUCCCCUUCUCAGCCGCAGACAGCGACGGCACAAUGCGCCAAGCAGAAGCCCUCCAGAUGUUCCUCUCAUCAAAAGAAGUCACGAACAGCGCAAACUUCCUCUCAGGUCUAACACACACGCUCUCUUCCCACAGAUCUCUUCUCCAAUUCAGGUCUUUCGCCGUCCUCUCCUCCCCUACCGAUGACCUCACCGCACUCAUCUCGCCGAGCGUCUUCAGCAGUACUUCUUCCGCUCCAGACUUGUCCUUCGUGUUCACGGGUCAAGGCGCGCAGUAUGCGCGUAUGGCCACCGGUCUGCUGCAUUAUCCCGUCUUUCGUCAAAGUCUUGAAGACUGCGAAGCCUAUCUCACCAGUCUUGGUAGCACAUGGUCUGUGCUAGAAGAGCUUAAGAAGAGUGAGGAGGCUAGUCAGGUGUCCAAGCCGGCGCUGUCACAACCUCUCUGUACAGCUAUUCAAGUGGCGCUCGUCGAUCUACUUCGCACAUGGGGUAUCGUUCCCCGUGCCAUCGUUGGCCAUUCGUCCGGUGAAAUCGCGGCUGCGUACUGUGCGGGUGGUCUAGAUCGCGAGAGCGCAUGGCGCGUGGCUUACUUCCGCGGUGUUGUGGCCGACAAGCUGGCCUCUGACCCCGCGAGAGAGUCGACAACGAUGAUGUCUGUGGGCUUGGGCAAGGAGGCUGUCCAGGCAUACCUGAAGGCCGAGCCAGCGGUGACUGUCGCAUGCGAGAACAGUCCUAUCAACGUCACGUUGUCAGGUCCCACAGUGGCUAUCUCGCGCUUAUUCGACACGCUGGAUGCUGAUGAGAUCUUCGCACGGAAACUGACUAUGAAGAUUGGGUAUCAUUCCGAGGCGUUGCGCGAUGGCGCGGUGGAGUAUGAGGGUUUACUAGCUGGGAUACGCGCACCGGUAAAGGAAGGCAAGGAGCCGAGUACUGUCGCCUUCUUCUCAUCCACCGAAGGCAGCUUCAUCACACUGGAGGGUCUUGCGAGCCCGAGCUACUGGGUGAAGAACCUGCUCUCCCCAGUCCUGUUCACCGACGCGGUAACAGCGCUGGUAAGCGAAAAGAAGCAGGUCUCCAAAUUCUUCGUCGAGAUCGGUCCUCAAUCCGCUCUUCGACGCCCCGUCAAAGAUAUUCUUAAGCACCUAGGCGAAGGCGAGGAAAAAUGGUCGUACGCAGCUGUGCUCAACCCUCGUCAGCCUGACGUCCGCACCCUCCUGGAAACCAUCGGCGCCCUUUGGAGCGCUGGCCUCCCGAUCGACCUCAACUUGCCCAACCAAGCCACUCUCAAGCCUACAGCCAAGCCAAAGCGACUAACAGAUCUUCCCGCCUACCCCUUCUCCCGGGCCAAGCUCUACUGGGACGAACCCCGUCUCAGCGCCCUCUACUCCCAGCGCCCCUUCCGGCGACAUGCUCUCCUGGGUCUACGCGAAAACGACUUCAACUCAGCUCAACCCACCUGGCAUCACAAGAUACGCCUCGCGGAAGCUCCUUGGAUCGUUGACCAUGCGCUCGAAGGCUCGCCGCUCUACCCCGGCACGGGCAUGCUGGUCAUGGCCAUCGAAGCUGCGCGGCAGCUGCUUCCGCCCAACGCCGCAAUCAGCGGGUACAAGCUCGAAAACAUUCGGUUCAUGCGCUCUAUCCCCGUGAACGAGACGGAGAAGGGCACUGAGGCGAAGAUCUACCUUCAACCGCGACGGCACACAGCCAAGGAUGCCGCGCAGGGCGUGUAUGAUUGGCGUGUCUUCACUCUUGGCGGGAAUGAGUGGAUUGAGUGCGCAUUCGGUAGCAUUCGCGUCGAGCUAGAGGAGGCCGAGCCUUCUCCAGAAACAACCGCACGCAAGGUUAGAUGGGCGAAAGCUGUGGGCGAGGAGCACACAAGCGCCGCGAAGCAAUGUACGUUGAGCGUACAGAGUGGUCAGCUGUACGAAAACCUGAGUAAAAAGUCUGGAUUCGACUAUGGACCGUACUUCCAGGGCCUGCGAGACAUCAAGUACUCCCGCAACGGGUGUGCGACUGGUACUCUUGCGCUUCGGGACUAUGCGAAGAGUAUGCCGUAUGCCGCCGAGGACCCGUGUGUCAUUCAUCCCACAACGUUCGACUCGGUAUUCCAUGUGGGCUUCGUUUCACUGAGUAUGGGUGGAUGGGAGCCAAUUCCAACGCUGAUGUUCAGCAACCUGAAGGACCUGUGGGUGUCGCACAAGCUGUUCACGCUGCCUGACAACCCGCUGCUUCAUGUCGCGACCAAGGAGGUGGCCCGCACGUUCAGGGAGUUCGAGUGGGAUGCCAGCACGUUGCUUGCUGAGACAGGCGAGCCUGUCAUUGUUGCCAAGGGUGAGCGUGGAACUGUCAUUGCCGGCGCAGGUAGCAGUACGCGUGACGAUGAUGGUGCAAGUUGUUUCUCGUACGGCAUUGAUUUCAAGCCCGACCUCUCGCUGCUAAGCAAAGCCGAGACAGAGACAUACUUGAAGGCGCUCUUCGCGCGCGACCCGCAGUUCUCACCCGACCCCAAGGAUGCGGAGGCUGUCGAUCGCGCGGACGCUAUCGCACUAUACUUCAUCGAGCAAGCGCUUGAUAAGAUCGAGAAUGGCGAGCCGGUGACGUUCGACAACCACUUGACCAAGUAUGUGGACUUCCUGCGCAAGGUCCGUGCAAAUAGGGAGAAGUACACAUUGGCGUCGCGGGGAUUGGAGGACUUGAGCAUCGAGGAUGUCUUGCGUGAAGCGGACAACGAGCCGACGCAGAAGCUUGUCAAGAAGGCUGGUGAACAUCUCUAUGGGAUAUUGACAGGGACGGACAAUGCGUUGCAGAUUAUCUUCGAAGGCAAUCUUGCUAAUGAUUUCUACCACUGCGACUUCUACUCGCGCCACUACCGCAAGGCUGGCGCGUAUAUGAACAUCCUUGCACACGCGAAUCCUCAGCUCAGGAUCUGCGAGGUUGGCUCAGGGACUGGCAGUGCCACUUCUAAAGUGCUACCAUUUUUGGUAGAUGAUGAAGGCCUUCAGGCUGAUCAGUUGGUGCGCUUCAGCGAGUAUGCCUACACCGACAUCUCAGUCGGCUUCUUUGAGAAGGCUCGCGAGAAGUUCGCAUUCGCAGAGAAGCAUAUGCGCUUCGCCAAACUGGACUUAGAGAUCGACCCCUCUCUCCAGGGCUUCGAGCUCGGCAGCUACGACGUGAUUAUGGCCUGCAACGUGAUUCACACCACAUCGGAUCUCAUGAAGUGUCUCCGCGAUCUCUACGCUCUCCUGCGCCCUGGCGGAAAACUCAUCAUGAUGGAGACCACAGUCGACAACAUCCGCGACGGCAUCAUCUUCGGCUUGCUUCCAGGGUGGUGGAUGCGCGAGGGCCAUUGGUGGGAAGGCGAAGAUGUUGACGCCGUACCCGGAGAAGACGAGGCGCUGGGUCCGAUUUUGACCGAAGAAGGAUGGAAUGCUGCGCUGAAGACGGCGGGCUUCUCAGGUGUCGACAUGGUGUUUAGGGAUAACGAGUACAAACCUCGGCACCGUGUCUCAACGCUCGUCGCAACGAGGCCAGAGGAGGCUGAGGUUCAAGCUGCGCUUGAAAGGUGGGUGAUCAUCGCGGAUGCUGCGCAGGCUACUUCUGCCGAUACGCUGAUGGCGAAGCUCACUACUUUGCCGUGGAUCGGCAAGACUGAGACACAUACUCUCGAAGGUCUCAUUGCCGCUGAAUUGGAUUUGAGCAGCACCAGAGUCAUCAGCUUGCUCGAGCUCGAUACUUCCAUCCUCGGCACCAUAGCAGAACCCGAGUUCGAAGCCCUCAAAAAGAUCAGCUUGGACGCUAAGACAGUCCUCUGGCUCACACGCGGCGGCAGUCCUGGUGCUGGCAACCCUGCCGCUGAGAUGGCAGUCGGUUUCUCGAGAAGUAUCUGCUCUGAGCGGGGUGAUCAGGCCUUCGUCACCCUGAGUUUGGAGACCAAUGACCCCGCUGAGGGAGCGAGCCAUGUGGUCCGCCUCUUGGAGCACUUCCACAAGAUAGGAGACAAGAGCGCAGACGCCGAUUCCGAGUUCGCAGUGCACAACGGCCUCAUCCACAUUCCGCGAAUCGUCCCACAGAAGAGCGUUAAUCAGACCCUUGCCGCGCGCGCAAAGCUUCCCGAGAAAGUCGCUCUCACGCUUGGCCAAGCAUCCCCGAAACCGCGCAUCAACUUGACCAUCCAACAGCCUGGCUUACUCGACACCCUGUACUAUACCGAGACAAUACCUUCCAGCACAGAGCUGCAACCCGGUGAAGUUGAAAUCGAAGUAGCAGCUGCCUCCCUCAACUUCCGCGAUGUGAUGAUCUCCCUGGGACAAGUGCCAGGUGAUGGUCUCGGUCUCGAAGGGUCCGGCACCGUUAUCCGCGCCGGACCAGACUGCACAUUGCAACCUGGCGACCGCGUCAUGUACUUCAUCUUCUCGACAGGUGGCUGCUGCGGAACCUACGUACGCUGCGACGAGGCAUCGACGCGUAGGAUCCCACGCGAAGACAUCUCGUUCUUGGAUGCGGCUGCCAUUCCUGCUGUAUGGGCUACGGUUGUGUAUGCUUUCGACUAUGUGGGACGGCUGCGCAAGGGCGAGAGUGUAUUGAUUCACGCCGGAGCUGGUGCGGUGGGACAGGCUGCUAUACAGCUCGCGCAGCUGCGUGGGGCGGAGGUGUUCGUCACGGUUGGAAGCGAGUGGAAGCGCCAGCUGGUCCGGGAGCUGUACGGCCUCGCGGACGACCACAUCUUCCACAGCAGAGAGGCGAGCUUCGUCGACGAUGUGUUCCAUGCCACAGCUAAUCGCGGUGUCGACGUCGUCCUCAACUCCCUCGGCGGCGAACUCCUCCAGCACUCAUGGCGCUGCACGGCGCCCUUCGGUCGCUUCAUCGAUAUUGGCAAGGCUGAUAUCCUCGCCAACAACACGCUCGAGAUGGGCCACUUCCUGCGCAAUGUCACCUUCGCGGCCGUCGACGUCGCGGGUAUGUACGCCGAGAACAAGCCCCUGAUGCAACUCGUGCUCGACGACGUCUUUAGUCUGUUCGCGGCGAAUCCUGGGCUUCACAACCCCAAGCCACUGCAUGCGUUUGCGCCGAGUAAGAUUGAGGACGCGAUGCGCGCGUUGCAGGGCGGCAAGAUUGCAGGGAAGGCGGUCAUCGAUUUCGAAAAGUCGGGAGAUGUGGUCGUGUAUCAGCCCGCGCAGAAGCCGGCGUACGCAUUUGAGGGGCAAGCUACAUAUGUUAUUAGCGGCGGUUUGGGCGGUUUGGGGCGCGAGAUCAUGCGCUGGAUGGCGUCCCGCGGCGCACGGCAUUUCCUCGUCACCUCGUCGCGAGGCGUAGCUGGGCGCGCCGAUGUGAUCGCCUUCAUCAAGGAGAUGGAGGCCCAAGGCGUCGUAGUCCAUGCGCCGGCGUCGGAUAUCUCGAACCGCGCGGUCCUCAAGAGCACCCUCGAGGAGGCUAGCAAAACGUUGCCGCCGAUCAAGGGCUGCAUCCAGGCGGCGAUGGUAUUGUCGGACAACAUGCUCUCUAACAUGACCGUCUCGCAGUUCCACCGCGCACUGGCGCCCAAAUAUCAAGGCUCGUGGAACCUGCACGAGCUCCUGCCGAAGGAUAUGGACUUUAUGGUGUUCCUCUCCUCCAUGAGCGGCAUCAUCGGCAACCCUGCGCAAGCCAACUAUGCAGCCGGCAACACUUUCGAAGAUGCACUCGCGCGGCACCGUGCCGCCAGUGGGCUAAAGGGCGUUUCGUUCGAUCUCGGCUUGGUGCUAGAGGCUGGGUGGGCGAGCGAUAACUUUGAGGACGUGACGAAGAGUUUGCGCGCUGGGCUGGGCGGGCUGACGCAGAAGCAGCUAAUGGCGAUUCUGGAUGUCUUGUGUGAUCCUGGAUACGAUUGCGCCGGCGGCGCGGCGCAGGUGGUGAAUAUCCAUGAUAAGCCUUCGAAGCUGUAUCGGAUGUUCCAGGAUGGGGUGUUGCACUGGGUGGGUAAGCCGCUGUUCAAGAACCUCCUUCGUCUGGGUCAAGUCGAGCUGGUCAACGGCACCGGGGCCGGUGGCGAAGGCGAAGCGGCAGCGGUCGACUACCUCGCCCUCAUCAAGGCGGCCGCUGAUGCGAAGGAGGCUGGGCAGAUUGUAACGUCGGCGUUACUUGGAAAGCUGAGCAAGUCGCUGUCGAUACCGGCGGAGAAUCUCGACGUCGGCAAGCCGGCCUAUGUGCUUGGUGUUGACUCGCUCAUUGCGGUUGAGCUGAGGUACUGGUUCCUCAAGCAAUUCGGCAUUGAGGUUCCUGUGUUCGUCAUCUUGAAGAAACAGCCGGCUGUUGAGUUGUGCCAGCAUGUAGCGGAUCAGGUCAUUGCAGCUAAAUGA